UCUUUAAAAUAAUAGUCGCUGGCUAGCUACUAUAGGAUUUAGGGUAAUUAAUCUAUUAUAUCCCUAUCACAAGAAAACUAUUAUAUUCUACUUACCCUACAAUUAUUCUAAGAGCAUUUUCAACCCAUAACACUAUUUUAAUGUCAAACCACACUAUUUCAGUGUAGUUUCAGCACACAAAACAUAUUUUUCUCUAACCACAAUACUAAAUUUCACACUAAAAGUUGUUUUAUAAUAUUAUAUGUAUUUAACUUUUUAUUUUUUUAUUUAAUUGUACAUUUAUUAAUAAAAUAAGUGAAUAUUAUUUUAGUGGAGUAAAUAGUAUUUUAGUGUGGUGAAUAGUAUCACAUUAAAUUUGGUGUGAAAUUAUAGUGUAGCACUAAAAUAAUGUAAUUUUUGCAGUUGAGUUGGAGAGGUUUUAGUGUAAAAAUUACACUAAAAUAGUGUUUUGCAGUUUGGUUCGAGAUGGUCUAACUACCCCUUUCUAAAUCUCAUGUAGUGAGAAUAAUGGUUAACACAUAAAUUUUGAGAAAAAUUCAAAAUUAUGACAAUACUGUUUUAAUGCAUAGUUGCAUCCCUGCACUAACAUAUGAUGAAGGUCAAAGAAGUUUUGAACCUUUGUUGUCUAUGUUUCUCUAGAGAUUAUCGAUUUAAUAGUGGUUAGUCCACCAAUUCAUGGAGUAUUACGAAGUGGUACUAAAUUAUUUGUUAAAAAAAUUAAGACGAUGCCCUUGUCCCAUAAAAGAGAAUUGAAUAUACAUCAAUACAAAAUUAGAAUGUGUUUAUAAAUUUUAAAACAACACUAAUGAUCAUAGGCUUCAGUAUAUAGAGUAUUUACCGAAAAACUCAAUAUUUUCGUAGGGGUUAACACAAAGAUUUUGAGAAAAAUUCAAAAAUAUGACAAUACUAUUUUAAUGCAUAGUUGCAUCAUGAACUAACAUAUGAUGAAAGUCGGUUUGGAAACUUUGUUGUCUCCGUUUCUCUGGAUAAUAUCGAUUUUAUAGUGGUUAAUCCAAUAAUUUAGGAAAUAUUAUGAAGUUUUACUAAAUUAAUUGAAAAAACAAUUAAAACAAUGCCCAUGUAAAAAUGAAAUAGAAUUAAAUAUACAUUAAUUCAAAUGUAGAAUGUAUUUAGAAAUUUUAUAACAACACUAAUGAUUGUAGACUUCACUAUAGAGAGUAUUUACCGAAAAAUUCAAUAUUUUCGUAGGGGCAUGUAAGUAAAAUAGUUUUCUUGUGAUUGGGGUUUAAUAGAUUAUCUCCAAAGAAAAUCGAUUUUGUGAGAGUGAGAGGGACAAAAAAAAUAAUUUUUGAGAAGUUAGUAGGGCAUUUAAGAAUAAAAUCCAGUUUGAACCAUUCCUCGUCGCCGACGACACAAGAACGCCGUUCGUUUAGAUUAGUGUCGUGUUUCACUGUCUCGAUCGAUUGAGAACCAUUACUCGUCGGCCAUGUCGUGGUCGAAGGCAUGCAGAGGGACUCGGAUUCCUUCACAUUUACACAACAUUCAUCGAACAUCGCUGCCUAAAAGGACUGUGCCUAUUGCUCCAUGCUCUCGUUAUUACACCCAUGGAGCUUAUAAAGGCAAUCAGCAUAGUCUCAGAAGCAAGAUUGGGCUUUGGGGAAGCCCAUCUUCGUUAUUCUCUUUGAAUUCCCAUUCAUCGAUGAUACAUGGUGGUGCUCAUCGCGAGUAUUCUACUCACUCAAUAACAGAAACCAAAUCAAAGAAAAUGCUUUAUUACCUAACUGCCGUUGUCUUUGGCAUGGUGGGGCUAACUUACGCGGCUGUUCCAUUGUAUAGAACGUUCUGCCAAGCUACUGGUUAUGGAGGUACUGUUCAACGCAAAGAGACUGUUGAGGAGAAGAUUGCUAGGCAUUCAGAAUCUGGUACCGUCACUGAAAGGGAGAUUGUGGUUCAGUUCAAUGCUGAUGUUGCAGAUGGGAUGCAGUGGAAGUUCACUCCAACUCAAAGAGAGGUGAGAGUAAAGCCAGGAGAAAGCGUGCUUGCCUUUUACACUGCUGAAAACAAAAGUUCAGCUUCAAUAACCGGAAUCUCCACAUAUAAUGUCACUCCCAUGAAGGCAGGAGUUUAUUUCAACAAGAUACAGUGUUUUUGCUAUGAGGAGCAGCGACUUCUUCCAGGAGAAAAGAUUGACGUGCCGGUGCUCUUCUACAUUGAUCCGGAGUUUGAGACUGAUCCAAGAAUGGACGGAAUCAACAACCUGAUACUGUCUUACACUUUCUUCAAAGUGUCCGAGGAAACGAACAGCUCUGUUCCAGUUCAAGAAACCAGUUAAAGUGUCUAUUUAUUUAAUGGCAACUAAUGUUAUGACACACUCUUAUGAAAGAAGGAGAGUCUCCCUUAGUAUUAAUAAAAGGAAUUGCAGUAGUGUUGGUAAACUGAAUUUGCUUGAAACUCGUAGUUUUGUUUCUGUUGAGUUUAAUAAAAGGUACAUUUGAUAUU